UUUUUUUCAUUACUUAGAUUCUAGUAAAAUGUCCCAUAGGAGUUUUAGUGUGUUCAGAAAAAUAUUUUCUGAAUUUUCAAAGUUACCAUUAAGGGGUGUAGCAAUAAAACAGCAAACUGCGUAUACACAUAAAAGUGAAUUGUUGGCGUCCUUACAGCAAGUAAAAACGUUUCAUACUACCCCUAUUGUUGCAAAGGACAAAAUUACAAUCAAUCUAAUAGACAGAAAAGGCGAGAAGCACACCACUUCUGCUAACAUUGAUGAUACUAUACUAGAUGUUGUUUUAGACAAUGAACUAAACUUUGAAAGUUUUGGAGUGUGUGAAGGUACGGUGUCUUGUUCUACUUGCCAUGUUAUAUUCGAAGAUGGCGUUUACUCGCUAUUGGAAGAACCGUUGAUGGAUGAAAUGGACAUGCUAGACUUGGCUUGCGGUUUAACAGAAACGUCCAGGCUUGGAUGCCAGGUGUACCUUACAAAAGAAAUGGACAAUUGUACUGUGACACUACCUCGUGAAAUUACUGAUGCCAGAGAUGUAUAAUGACAAUAAAAACCAAACUUAGGAAAUACAUAAUACAUCUGUACCAGCAUUUUGAACAUUUUUUACAUUGUGAUAUAGUAGGGUGCGGAAAGAUGGGACACUUUUUCAUAUUAUUUUCUCGUCCCAUUUGGUAGUAAAUAAAGAAAAUUUCAAAGAAUUAUAAAUCCCUAUCCUCACAACUCCCAUAGACCGUUGUUUUGUUUAAAAUAUUAUCGGAAUAUUGGGAUAUUAUUUUGCUAAAGGUGUCCCAUCUUCCCCCACAGUACUAUACGAAAAUGUACGACUAGUAGGUUGUAUAAUUUUAACAAUUAAAUACUGUUAAAAAAUUAUUUAUCUGUAACAACUUUUUGUAGCAUGGUAAUUUUUUUUACACAGACAUUUUUGAACUCAUAAAAUACAGACUGUAGCAAAGUGCUUUCUAAUUUUAGUAGCUAGUUAGUCCAACCUCCAUAAAACUGUUGAAUAAUACAGUAAGAAAACCCACAUUUCAAUAAAAAAAAAAGUUGUCGAAUUAUUUUAGAUGUAAAAAUGUAAAGCCGAAAUUUUUUGCAAAAAUUAUAAAAUUGUAAUUUUAACAGUACUAAAAAUAGUUGCAACACUGGUAUAUUACCAUUUUUAACAGUACUGCGUAAUAAAUAUACAUUUUUCUUACUAAAAAUCUAUGCAUUUUGUACACACAAUCACCUAAGCAAAUCUAAAUAUUUUUUACAUUAAAUACUAAAUAGCAGUCAUUCCAAAACAAUUUUUUUUCGGUUUUAUUUUAAUUUUAGAAAUCAAGGAAUUUCUUUAGUAUAGUAGGGUGGGGAAGAUGGGACACCUUUUCAUUCUAUUUCCUGGUCACAUUCGGUAGUAAACAAAGAACAUUUAAAGAAUUAUAAAACCGUAUCCUCACAAAUCCCAUUUACCGUUGUUAAUUGUUUAAAACACGAUCAAGAUAUUUAGAUAUUAUGUUCUAAAGGUGUCCCGUCUUUCCCAACAGUACUAUAUAUACCCUUUAAUUUAUUUUUACCUACCUUGUUUUAAAAGUUUUGUGGUGUAUGUAUUAAAUGGUGGUCGGAUUACAUAAUAUGUUUUAAGAUA